UCGAAGAAGAUGAUGGCACAAGUGCCCUCCUAGCAGCCGUAAGCGAGGACUUUAGUACCUUGCGGCUGCGCCAGAGAAGUCAGGACUGACUUGAAGAGCCAGAUGUUGAAAAUGGCUCCUGUGAUGUUGGGACUGCUGGAGGCUGUUGCGUACUAUCCCGUCUGCUCGUCUUAGCCUGUUUGCUUCGACGAGGGUGCUGGUGCACCUCUGGGACAUAGAACAAGCAACCCCCGCCGGCUUCUAGAUUUGUUGUUCUACUGCUGUUGCACCGCAAUAAAGCAUCAGCAUGAUGAAUCAGCUCGGUGGAGGCGCGCGGCCUGCGUCGCUGAUUCCCCCGGCUGCGGGGGCGGCGCAAAAUCCGUAUGGCGGAACGACGAGCAGUCCGCAAUACGGUCCUUAUGGAGGAUAUGGUACGAAAGAAGUGUUUCACUGUAUGGGAUUUUGCAAAUUAUUUUGCAUCACAGGUUUGCUCUACAUGAUGACAGAGAAAAUUUAUCAUGGGGGGCUCCUAUUGGAAAACACAGCUAAAAACAUCCUGUUGUGCAUGUGUAGCAAGACAAGCGCUUUUGCGAUGCACAUUUUGCAUUACCAGUUUACAGUGAAACAGUUUUUUCCGGCGAUAGAGGACAACCGCAGCAACAGUCGAUCUACAGCACCAGCUCCCUGCAGCAACAACCGUCCACGAGCUACGCGAGCAGUUACGGGCAAAACCCCUAUAAUAAUUCGCAGCAGCAUAUGACAGUGCACAACUCCUCCUUCCCCUCAUUCGUAUGGCAUGAACGGCAAUACAAGCGCCAGCGAAAAUGCAGGUUUUGCAUGACAAAUUUGCAGCCGAUUGUAGUGCUAUUUGGGCUGCCAGAACUUGUUAUGCAAACAGUGCUAAGAGGUACAGCCUGAGUUGGGCAUUUUGCAUGACAAAUGAGGGGGAGGGGGAGUUGCGCACAUUCAUACAACAACCGCAACCGGUUUCCUAUGGUAGUACGCCGUCACAGCAGCAACAGCCGGUGAACAAUCCAUACGGAGGAGGCAGUGGUGCGCCGCAGCAACAGCAGGGACCAAACCCGUACGGAGCUGGUGUGGCCCCACCACCUGUCACGGGGGCGCAGCAGCAGCAACAGCCGCCAGCGCCGUAUGACCCUGCCAGGGCUCCAGGGCCGCAAAAUCCGUAUGGGCAGCAGCAGCAACCGCUAAAUCCAUACGGGCAACAGCAGCCACCAGCGAAUAUUCCGUAUGGACAGCAGCCGCAGCCAGCUGCAAAUCCGUACGGGCAGCAGCAGCAGCAGCAGCAACCUCCACCAAAUCCCUACGGACAGCCGCCCGGCGGGGCUGGUGCGCCGGGCCAGAAUCCGUACGGGGGGCAGCCACCGCAGCCGCCAAAUCCGUAUGGAGCGACGACGCAGCAACCGCCGCUUCCAGGCCCCGCUCCGGGUGGUCAGCAACCCAGCUACCCGUCGAGCGUGCCGCAGAGUCAGCAGGUACUACUUGAGGCGUUCUUCUUCCGAGGGAGUUCCCUUGUCAUGCAGCGGACAGUAGUGUAAGAAACGUUUGGGAUGCAAAAGCAGAUAACAGUAGCAGCUCCAGUUGUCCGUACUUAAUUGAAUUGCAGAUUCUCAUUUGCUUUAUACCCCAGCCCUCUCCAACUGCGCAAACCCAGCCGGCUGCGGCGCCGGCUCCGGCUGGAUCCAUCGUGCCUCUAUCAAAUGCAAAUAUGUCUGGGUCUGGAAACUUGUAAUGCUGAAUGGUCAUGAUUGACUGUGCCUGUAAGUGCAGCGGAGCAUGACAAAUGUUUCAAACGCUUCCUCAUGCGCAGAACGCAUUACAAACUGCGCUUUUGCAUGACGAAAGUGUGGCGCUUUAUUUGCUGCUUAUGCAAUACAGAUUUUUUAGGAAUGCGAGACAUGCAAUACAGGUUCAACCUUCCAGACCCAGACAUAUUUGCAGUGGAUAGCCUCCGUCGGUCUACGAUGCGGUCAGGCCCGUUCCGUCUAACGUGGAGUACCGUGUAUUACAAUGAAAAAUGCCCCUACCCCCGAACUUGGGAGCAUUUGUAUUUCAAACCUUUCCAAAUGAAACAUUCGCCCUCUUGCAUCUAUCAGCAUCACAGGUUUCCAAUCGUGAAUAGCAAAAAUUUGUAUUGUAAAUAAAGACCCCAGCAAGAGCGGCGCUUGUCAUGCAAGCGAUGCGAUACACGCCUAGACUCUGCAUCAGAAAGAAGAUUCAUACUGCUUUCAUGCAUGGCAAAGACUUUUCAUUUGGAAACUUCGCAUCACAAAUUUUUGCAAUUUCAGGAGUGGGGGGCACUUUUCCCUGUAAUACCGUGACGCGAGCAUUCUCGCACCCCCCGCCGCCCCGCCGCAGCAGCAGUCCGCCCUGCAGACGCAGCCGCCGACCCAGGUGCCGCCAAACUCGGGCCUGCCGGCGCCGGUUACCGCGGCCAGCACGCCAGCAGCGCCCGUGCAAUUUGGACCCGUAAGUCCGCCCGGGGACGGGACGAAGCCGUUAUAUCCUGAGUAAAAACUACGUCCCCGCCCCAUGGUUGUGAUGCAAGCCUGCAUGCAGAAAUAAAUGUUUCUCAUGCGGAGCCCCAUGAGAAGCGCUUUCUAGUCGGGUUUUGGAAGUUGUCAUGCUCCAAUAAGCACGGUGUGCUAGAUCUGUGAUGCUGCUGAAGUAGCCAAGCAGGACCAUACUACGAGGCCAAACUUGUCAUGCCCAACAACCAAAGCUUGUUGAUUUGUGUAGCAGAUUUCCCGUGGUCUAUGGUGUCGGGACGUUUUUACACAGGACACGUUGCCGAUAAGAGUGACGGUCAGAUUUCGACCCGGGAGCAGUCCUGCGGGGGCGGUCGGGAGUGGGAUAAUAAAGGUACUUUUUUGAUCUUGAGCAGCUUCCAGGCAGUUGUGAGUCAUUCUUGCUCUUGGCAUGACAAUGAAUUUGGUCCUUGAGCAGGACUUCUACUCUGGGCUUUUGCAAUGCAUUUUAUCACUUUGUUCACAGGCCAACACGUCGCGGGAAGUGCAAAUAGACGCGCAGAAGUUUGAAUUCGACCGGCUUUUCGACGCGGAAAAUUUGCAAGCUGCGACUUCUUCCUCUUACAACAAGCAAAAGUCUGACGACAUGAUCUUCGACGACAUUGGGCCGAAGUUGCUCGUGGAAGCUUUGCAGGGGCAGAACGGAACCAUUGUUAUAUCAAGAAGAAAAAUCCCCCCUCCCCAUAUCAAACCGGAAAUCCGUGAUGCAGAUUUGUGGCCACGAAUCAGCUUUGUCAUGCCAGAAGGGAAGAGAUAAAGAUGCGGACUGUAGUUCUGGGCUGCGUGGGAAAGCCUUGCAUCUUCAGCAUGACAGAAGGCAGGUAGAAGCGGAAAACAGCAUGACAAACUGCCUGCAAACGAGGCAACAACUGCGCCUCUUUGCCUUCUGGCUAUACAAGUCCAUUUGUGUUGUACUCAAAUACUGUUUUUUUUAUACAGCAUCACAAAUUUCGUUUUCGAUAUGGGGAGGGAGGAUUUUUCCUGCUGAUAUGUCACCUACGGGAACUUCAACGCCGGGAAAUCAACGACGUUCACGUCUUUAUCCGAGAAGUUCGCCCAGCAGCUUUUUGAAGAAGUGAAGCACUGCGAGGUGGGCAAGCGGAACCGAAUUUUGGUAAAUCUUUCCUGUUACGACGUAUCUGACAGUUCGGUCCGGGAUUUGCUGAAAGUGACCGAAGAUGCUGUACUAACAGGCGGCCCUGGUGGAGCCACGGUGAGUGCGGGUAGUGUUCUAUUCUGAGUAAAAACGUCCCCACCCCAGAGUUGUCAUGCAGCUACAGGAAGAUUUGUAUUGCGCAUCCCCAUGAAAGGCCUUUUGUCCAAUCCCGUUUUGCACUUUGUAAUGCUGUUGACAGGAUGAGUAGAUGGAUUUGUGUUGCGGCUGUACUUGCUAAACUGCACAACUGCAAUAAAGAGACGAACUUGUCAUGCUAGGCCCCAAAAACUUCUCGACUUGUGUUGCGAGAUCCCCAUCUUGGCUCUGGUGUGGAGAUGUUUUUACAUGGGAUAUGUUCUUGCGGGUGAUGGGUUCACGUUGCUGGAGCAUGGGCAACUGGGAAUGUUGGUUUCCGGGCUGACCUAUCAAAUGCAAGUAUGUCUGGGUCUGGGAGAUCGCGAGGUUUGUCAUGCUAGUCUGACAUGACUCUGGACUCUGUGUUGCGUGGCCGCAGAGAGCUCCUCUUGCAUGUCAUGCAAAAACGCAAUUUCUCAUGCGAAUGUAGGCAAUCCAGUUUCAGAAACACGAAAAAAAUUGUCAUGCUUGGCAGCGCAAUACAGUGUGCUCCCUAUAAUUCUCUUCCUUGCAUCACAAGUUUCCAGACCCAGACACUUUUGCAUUUCAUAUGACCAAAAUCCCAAUUGUGGAUCUAGCCGGGUUUCAAGAAGCGGUAGCAUUCGCGAAGCAGAAGCAGGCGCUGGGAGGUACUUUACUUGCUACUGCUUGAUAAAUAAAUACACGGGGUUUAUUUUGUACGUCACGUGCGUGAGCGCCUAUGGCUACGAUUUCUGUCUACUUCGUGAUGCACAACUCGUACUAGGUGUAGGUAUCAAAGUGAUUGUUAAGUAUCAUAUAAACAAAAGUACUACGAGUAGAAUCAUCGCAACGCAUCAAACAAACCACCAUGAUCGUCGUCCACAUGAAAUAAAUACUGCAGACCCCGCCACGCGGCCUCUGUCGUCCGAAACCAACACUCUCUUCGUGCAGAUUGAUCUCGCAAUCCAGCCCUACACGCCCGGCACCGGAAGGCCGACGAAGCUGAGUCGGGUGACGUUUGUGGAUUUCGCGUCUAGCAGUGGGAAAGGGGAUUUUGGCAGUACAACUUCUAGCAGUACCUCCUCUUCUACCCCGGGUGGAGGUCCGGCGAGGUGGGACGCGUUAGUCGGAAAGCCGCCGGUGGAGUACCUAAACAGGUCCGUUGAGCUGUUCUCAACUUGCGUAGACGGUCUGGUGAGAGCGAGCGUGGGGCGGAACAAGCCGCUGCUACCGGAGAGCAAGGUACUUACUAUCGAAUGAAAAGCGAUCAAUUGUCAUGCGAAAAUGUGCAGCGCAGUGCGAUUUUCUGUUGCGGAUUUCGCUACUUUCUCAAAAGAAAAAUAUUAUCAGCCCGUCUUCCAAACUUCCUAUCUGGGGCAACUCUUGAUGGAGAGCCAUGCGGGAAGCUGCAGGACAACUUGGGUCGCUUGCGUAGAUCCGGCCAAUGCUGCGGACAGUGCGAGGACGCUAGAGUAUAGUUGUACAACUCGCGAAAUAAGUAUUCAAUCUGGAAAAGAAAAAUUCUCGUCUAAGAGGCGAGAAAGAGCAGCAUCUACAACUUCUGGGUGGUCUAUUCUUGCAGUCGCUGGUAAACAUUGCUACAAUCGGAAAAUGGAAACAUGUUGUUGGAGAAAAAAAAAAGUACAACUGGAUGAAAAUAAAUCCUAUCAGGCUCGCCUCCAAGCUCCGCAUGUGCGUCACCUUCCCUGCGGAGAGAAUUCUUGAGGAGCAGGGCUACACCAAGAUCUUGCAGCAGUUGCGCACCGAAGUGAUGCCAAAACAGCAGAUCGUGGCACAGGUGGAAUCCUCCGUGCGGCUUGGAACACGGAGUGUACAGGAUUUAGACAACGCAAAACGAGAAGUGCUGAAGUACACAUUGCAAAUGAAGGAGUUAGAGGAUCUCUGGAUGAGCACGGCAGACCGUAAAUACGAUUGUUUUUUUCCGCGUUUGCAACUACCACGCAGAAUCUUCACGUUGAGUGUAUGCUUUCUGUCAUGCGUAGCAGUAGCACAAAUCAAAAAACUUCCAGCUCUCGCAAAAUGAAAUUAUCAGACAAAGUGAAGCUGUUCAAGGAAUGGCAGCUGAAAAAGGAAGCGUGGCAGACCAAACGCUACCUGAAACCGGACCCAAAUAUCAAGAGGAAAAAUCCCCCUCCGCAUUAUACUCAAAGGCAGAUUUGUGUAGCAUGAUUUGUGAUCACAAGUUGUCACGUUGUCAGGCUAGAAAGGAAGAGAUGCGGACUGUAGUGCUGGCUGGCGUGGGAAAGCCUUGCGUUUUCAGCAUGACAGGAAGCAACUGGAAACGGGAAACAGCGUGAAAAAUUGCCUACAAACGAGGGAGCAACUGCGUCUGUUGCCCCUCUAGCAAUACAAGUCGACUUGUGUACUCAAAUACAGCAACACAAAUUCUCGAUCCGAGUAUGGGGAGGGGAUAUUUCUCCUUGCAAUACCAAAUUCGGCGUCACUAGUUGCCGGGUCUGCUGACGCGCAAUUGCACCAGAUUUUGAAGUUCGCGCUACCCGACGGUAAACAAUUUACAUUCGGAUCGGACGCAUCGAACGUGCUGCAAUUGAAACACUGCUUAUCCUCGCGAGAACAAGAUGAAACUGUCUCACUAUCAACUUUUGAUGCGGACACGUCCUCUCGGAACACUUUUUUGUAAUGCUGGAGACGCAAGUUAAGUAGUCGUUUUAGUCGUUGAUAAUCUUUAUUCCCCUUGCUGUGUGAAGCAUCAGAAAUUUUUGUUUCUUUCCUCUCAUCUUUGUACUGCUAAGUAAAGUCUGCAUCAAAGGUGUGGGACUGAAAUAGUUUUUGCCCACGAUACCGCUUCCCGAAGAAGCUGUGCUAUCUGCAGGCUUAUGGGGAUGCAAUAUUUUUGGAAAUAUCCGCAAACGGGGUGUGGCUAGACGGGAGGAUGCAAGGGCCACCGGGCGUAAAAGUGACUGUUGCGAAGGGGAGCUUGCUGGUAAUCUCAAUGGAAUAUUUUUGGGUGUUUAUUCCUCGCUGGGUUUUACUUUUUUACGCAGGAUUUGGACGAUAGUAAUAGUAUCUAUGUCGUUUUUUAUCAUGCGCACAAGACGUACAUGCAAAGGAAUGGACAUUUUGACGUGAACGUCUGCAUGAGUGCUUAAGCGGAAGGCAAGUGCGAAACCAAUUCUCCCCUCUAGGUCCUUGGCGCCCAGGGGAGUUACUACAGCUUCAAGAUUGGCGGCGUAAACCAGCCGCCACAGCAAUUCACGUAUGAGGACCCGAAGAAGUCCCUCCUUGCCCUCCUCCCCUUGCCGCCAGAGGUCCAGCCGGUGAGCAGCGGCAUCAGUGAUGCAAAGGCGAGAGAGGAAUUUGAGAAGAGUUACAAGGAGGUGGCGCACAGCUGUACGGAGGGAACGCAGCACUUGAUCGAUGUAGGGAAGGGCGAUUUGGAGUUUCGCCCGGAGAUUCUGGCCUCCACACCGCCGUCCAUUGUGGUCAAGCUGAGGAGGAAGAUCACUUCGACGAGCCCGGAGGAACAAAUCCUCGGGUUUUUCACGAUAAAGUCCUUCGAAGCGAUAUCCGAUGUAAAAACGUCCCCACCCCAUAGUCAAGAUGGGAAAUCGGCUAGACAAAUCCACAAGUUGUGGCUGUUUUGCAUGACAAAUUUGGACUCGUAGUGUAGUGCUGUUGGAGCUAGCUCAGCAGCAUCACAGAUCUAGUAUAUCACGCUGAUUGGAGCAUGGCAAAUCCCAAAACAGGACUAGACCAUGCUUCUCAUGGGGCUCGGCAUGAGAAACAUUCUGAGCAUGCACAUUUGCAUUACAACUCUGGGGUGGGGACUUUUUUAAAUACGAUAAGCGAGAAUAGAAGAGAUGAGGAAGGGGUACGGGAGGCUGAAUCGGGACCAGGUGCAAACUAUGCAAUGCAAAUGUGUCUGAGUCUGGAAGGAUGCAACUUGUGAUGCUGGAUCUGGAUUCUACGAAUAAAUCUGUAUUGCAUGAACAGGAAAAAAGGUCCAGUUUUUGCCACAGCGACAGGGUAUUUCUCAUGCAGUAUAGGCAUCAGGAAGCCCUCGGAAAAUCUCUGAUGCUAGGGCAUGCAUCACAGACAUCAGGAGCCAUGCAAAAUGUGCAUGGCAAACCUUGCAUCCUUCCAGACCCAGACAUAUUUGCAUUUGAUACAAACUUUGUGGAGUCACGAAGUCUCGACGACCGUAAAAACGACUGCAGCGGCUGCGCGUAUUCUUUUGUGUGUCUUUUUAUCCAUUGUCAUGCUCCACCUGAGGGUCGUGCAUUUUGAAUUCUGCAAGUGCAAAUCAUAAUCAACUUCCACUCUUCAACAUGAUCACUAAAACUACUACAGCCUCCGCAGGAGCUCCCCAAUCCUCCGGCUCCAGUGCCCUCCAGUCUGCGACCCCCGCGAUACAAGCGGCAUCUUCUUCCUCACAAAUCCCCUCAAGCACGACAAUCACAGCGACGCAGAACUACCAAUCUUCUGUCACCUUGACCACGACAAAUAACGGGAUGAAUGGGUCAUCUUCUUCCCAGCUCAUGCCGGCGGAGGCAAAUUCGCGCAUGGCAGAGAUGGCACGGAUGCUGCAGGAGAUGAAAGCGGCAGACCACGCAAAAAACGAGGUGCUGCGGGGGCUGAAGGAGCUGAUCGCGACCCUAGUCCGGGUAUCAAAUGCAAAAAUGUCUGGGUCUGGAAGAUUCUGAGACUUGUCAUGCACGGUUUGCGUGAGCCAUGACGUCUGUGAUGCAUGCCCUAGCGUCACAGGUUUUUUGAGGGAUUCUUGAUGCCCGUUCCGCAUGACAAAUGCCCUCUUCGCGUAGCCAAAAUUAGAAUCCUUUUGCUGCUCAUGCAACACAAAUUUUUUAGACAUCCAAAUGCAGCAUCACAAGUUGCAUUCUUCCAGACCCAGACAUUUUUGCAUGUGAUGCCGGGAGAUGGGGAUUAUGAAGGACACCACCGCGGUAUCCUGAGUAGAAAUGUCCCUACACGACCAGAGUAAAGAUGGGAAAUCUGCUAGACAACCCGACCAGGUUUGGUUGUUUCGCAUGACAAGCUUGUCUCUGUAGUGUAAUCCUGUUCAGCUACUUCCGAAGCAUCACAGAUCUAGCAUAUCAUGCUGAUUCUAGCAUCACAAAUGCAAAAAAACGACUAGAAGGCGGCUCUCAUGGAGCUCCGCAUGAGGAACUUUUUUGGCAUGCAGAUUUGCAUGACAACUCUGGGGUGGGGACGUUUUUACUCAGAAUGCGUGGAUGUAAAAAGCCAGUCGAGUUCCGGAAGACUCUUGUCCGAGCAGAUUCUGCGACUAGUGGAAGGACAGGCGCUCGGGCAGACAAUCAGCGGAGACGGGUUGGGCAGUACGCAGAACCUCUCCGCAACCCUGCCGCCGUGUACGUUUUGUUUUUGUGAUGCGAUUUUUAUCUGAUAAAUACGCAAAUAAAAACAGCCUUUCGUACGUAAAAAAAUAUGUCGUUUGUUGUUCCCCUUAUUUCUUUGCUGCAAUACUUUGCAGUGAUUAUCGAUCACCGGAACUACUUACUCAAACUCAAAACAACCUCCCCUCCAGCGCUCGCGCCCCUCCCGCUUUCCCGCACACUGGAUCGCGACCGCGCGUUAUCCCACGAAAAAAGUGUUACAGUUACACAUUUGUAGGCAAUUCAGCAACACAAAUGUCCCUGCAUGAGAGAGAAAACCUGUAAUGCAGAAAUCCUAGGGGAAAACACCUAUGAAACGAGGCUCUUAUGCAUAUCCGGCAUGACAGAGCUUGUCUGUCUUGCUUGGCCUGCAAGACAAUGUGUAACUGUAACGCUUUUUUCUUGCGAUGCGCGUCGUCUGCGUCGCCGAAGAGUUCCAUAUCAACUGCAAAAAUGUCUGGGUCUCAGAGAUUGCGAGAUUUGUCAUGCGUGUCUGGCUUGACUCUGAGCUCUGUGUUGCAUGGCCGCGAAGAGCUCCUCGUCCCUGUCAUGCAAAAAUGCAGUUUCUCAUGCGGAGUACGCAACUCAGAGCCAUGGAAAAAACUUGUCAUGCUUGGCAGCGCAUUAUAGUGAGUCCACUAUUCCCUUUCUUGCAGCACAAGUUUCCAGACCUAGACAUCUUUGCAUUUGAUAUUCCAGGGGCCAGUACAAGAAAAUCCACGCGACCAAGAAGGGUCUAGGACAGACGUAUCCUGUGUAAAAUCGUCCCCACCUCCCCAGAGUUAGUUGUCAUGCAAAUCUGCAUGCCAAAAAAGUUUCUCAUGCGGAUCCCCAACAUGAGAAGCAUUUUCAUCUAGUCGUGUUUUGGGUUUUGUGAUGCUAUAACCAGCAUCAUAUGCUAGAUCUGUGAUGCUUCUGAACUACCUAAAAGAGGAUUUCACUACGAGGACAAACUUGUCAUGCGAAGCAACCAAAGCCGGCUAAUUUGUCUAGCAGCUUUCCCAUCUUGACUCUGCUGUGGACGAGACGUUUUUACUCAGGAUAAGACGCAGCCGAUAUCUUCUUUGGGACAGCAGCAAACGCUCUACGGAGCCGGUGGACCAUAUGGGAGUGUCAGGAUUGAAAUUGUCAAAGUUGAAAUAGUUUGUCAUGCAUAAAAUGCGACGCAGAGACUGACUCUAUUGCAGAGGACGCAAGGGAGGCUGAUUCUAGUGCUGGCAAAAGUCAAGAAUUGGGUUGCUGACUAGCAUGACAGGGAGGAGCCAUCUUGCCCUAAACAGCAUGACAGACUUGCUUCAGAGGUCAGAAAAAUGUGUCAUGCGCCGAUUGGAAACUGUGGGUCCAACUGGUAUGGAUUUUAUGCAUUACAAAUUAUUUCAACUUUGUUAAUUUCAAUCCUGACAGUUCCAUAGACAACAGCAAGCAGCGUCCCCCGGGCUGAUGAUACCUGGGCAACAACAGCAGCAGCAGCAAUUUGGAAGGCCAAUAGGACCACAGAUGACCGCGGGCUCUGUCGCUUCUCCCACGGUCGGCGCAAACCCCUAUGGGCAGAUAGGAGCGACUUCUUCUAUGAUGAAGUCACCCUAUUACCAGCAGACGCCGGGUGUCGUAGGUGGGGCGACGGCUGCAAGUAGUGCAAGUAACCCGUACGGUGCGCAAGCAACGCCAGGAGCAGUGGCGACGAACCCCUACGCGGCGGUGACUGCGACCGCCGUGCAGCCGGGGAAUAGUAACCCGUAUGCAACAGCGCAAGCUACUGCGCUUGCCGCGAAUAGUAAUCCGUAUGCACAGCAAGCGACGGCUACUGCGGUGCCCGCGAAUCCAUAUGCGAGCCAGGCAGCGUCGUCCUCCAGUACCGUCGCGAACCCGUACGGCACACCGAAUCCGUAUGGAAGUGUCAGGAUUGAAAUCGACAAAUUUGAAAUAAUUUCUCAUGCAUAAAGUGCAAGGCAUGAAGUGCCUCUCUUGCAUGGAUGGCAAGUGAGGCAGACCGUCAGCCUGUUUGGGGUCUGCGAUAGAGCUGCUAAGGUAGCACGACAAAAGACGCCUUCUGUCCCUAAACAGCAUGACAAGUAACUGGAUUUAGACGGUGCCGAAAUUUGUCACGCACCGCUUAGAAAUUGGGCUUCCAACUGGUAGCGAUUUUAUGCAUGACAAGUUCUACUUCCAACUUUGUCGAUUUCAAUCCUGGCACUCCCAUAAUCCGUACGGAACGCCAAACCCCUACAACACUGCGAGCAGCAGUAGCAGCGCGAACCCCUACGCAAAUAUACCGUUGGCAACUUCGGCACCAGGCGCGGGAACAGAACGUGCCGCGGCGCAGAGCCUCGUCGCCGGGUUAACCGGCGGGGUCACUGGGCUGGGGCGGUGAACGGAAAUGCGGUUUUAGCAGGGUCAGCGAGCAGACUUGUAUGUGUGGCUCUUGGGGCAAAAAGGUCCUAGCGUAACAGUGUCUAUUAAACAACUGUCGUACUGAACAAGCAUAACCAUACUAAAUUUAUUCGCAGAAUCAAAAUUAUCCAGAAAAAUACGCGCUAUUCCGAUAGAAAUCUACUUACGAUACAAGUACAAUACAUCGCGAAGAAAAAUUAUCACGACUUUGCGCAACAAGGAUUUACGUCGAGAAAUAACAAGCGCAAAUAAGCCGGCUAGCGUAAAAAUCUACACUAUAGGAUUGAGAUUUACAACUUAAACUUUUCGCAGACAAAUCUGAAACCAGAUUUAUUUAGUUGAUCUAUCGCAAAGUAUACCGCAGAUGAUUUAUUUACGGAACCAUACCGCGUUUUUUCGAUUAUCACAACAAGAAACAGAAUGAGAAUCAGACUCAACAAAAAAGGGCUGACUGGAAUUAUCAUUUCUCACUAGGAAGAUCGGAGUAUAGAAGACGUUUGAUACUAGGUUUACAAGACUACAGUCUCUGCAUCAAUACAAAGCAAGCACCUCCGUCCGUGGAUUCUGCGGACGAGCAGCUGCCCCACCUUCUGCUGGGGAUGAUUAUUGCAUGAUACGCAGUCGCAACUCAAACGAGUGGACUGGGAUGAGUUUCUGAGAAGGAGCAAGCCAGGCACAAAAUGAACAAAGUUGAUGGCCACCGUGGUUUGCUACAUAGUUUUUCUUUCGGGAAGAUGUGGCAUUUCGCCACUUUGCGUUUGCACUGCAGAUGGAGAAGAAAAGGUGCUCCUUCGAGCAAAGCUUAGCUUGAUAAAUACCACUAAAAUAAUCGAAAUUAUUUCACAGUUAUUGUCGUGACUUUACUACGUCCACGUGUGGGCUCUUUUUCUUGAGAACUUAUUUUGAAAUGCAAAAAGCUUUAGUGAUUUUAGAUCUAGUCUCUGUCACUUUCUUACGCUACGACCAAAGCUGCUCGGCGAAAAGGCUCAGUGCAGCAGUUCUGGUUAGCGGACCACGCUGUUGUAUUUAGAUAGUGCGAAAGACCUCCAGGGUUGAUGUACAACUAAGUACCAUGACAUGUUGACAUGAAGACCCGGGGGAGUAAUUUUUUUAUGACCUGUGUGUGUCGUGUAGAAGCAGAGAGUUUAUAUAUUUCCAUAGUUUGUCUCCGUGGUGUGUGCAUGAUGGGUCGGCUUGGUUGCGCUACAAAACUGGCGUAGGCAAACGAUCCGAUUCAUCGAAGGGUAGCACUAUUUUAUUUAGAAAGUUGAUGCGCGCCAAGUAAGCAGAAGCACAUUUGAACCCUGUGGUGACGUUUUAAUUUGGUGGCAUGUUUUCUCUUGCGCUUGCAUUUCUUGGUGAACAUGUGAAAAUCGAAAUUGUGACAGCUCGUAGAACAACAUCAAAGCGGAUCGAAAUUGAUGAUCCCGCGAAGAACAAUGGAGAUAAACGAACAUUUUUUUCACGCACAAAUCAGAAGAUAUAAUGAAAAUGCUGGCUCGGAUCUGAACUGGGCACGACGAGG